CUCCAAACACCAUUUCAUGCCAUUGCUGGUGACCACAAAGAUGGGGUCUUUGUGUCGGGCCCGGAACCAGUCCAUGGCUUGCUGGAGGUGGAACAAGAAGAAGCCGGUGGAGAGCAUACAGACCAGCAAGAAGGCCAGGCAGAGCUGCCUCCGGCUGGGGGUCCACAUGGCUGUAAGAAGGAAAGGUGGAUUAGAAGGCACACAGUGUGAGCCCCAGAGUCUGGGACCCCUCCGAGUCUGGGAGCUAAAGUGAGCAGCUCCCGGGUCAGAAGUUGGGAGCCUAAAUCCAGGGUGGUAAAGCUUUACGUCUCUAGGGAUGGGGUUGGGAGACACGUGGAUGAGUGGCUGGCUGCAAAGGCCUGCUGGGAACGUGGCAUCUCAACACUUUCUCGGGUGUACCUAUAUGGAAGGGGCACAUUCUACCUCCACAGGCCAGGGGAAGCCCAGGUGAGGAGGAGGAUUUUAGAAUUGCACAAGCAAGCCCCUGGGUGUGGUAUAACUUUCCCUGUGAGAUAGGAAUAAAUAAAUUUAUCCCACAUAAGGACCAGUUACAUACUGGAGAAACGAUUCAACCCAAGUCUGUCAGGCUUGGUAAACAUAAAAGCUCGGGUGAAUCCAAGGCAGCUGAAAAGCCCACUGCAAGCAUCCGGGUAGGAGCCUUUGAACCUUGGAACUAUGAGCUGGCUUAGUUUCCUGAGUCAAGAGCCUUGCUGUAGCAGGAGGAAGAGAUUCUUAGGGGAAGGUAGGGAUUGGGAUCCAGGUUUUGAGGAAGACUGGGCGAGGGUUAGAGUGGCCGAGAUACCCUCCUCAUCCCCAGGGGUCUGGCAUGCCCAGUGCGGACUAACCUGAGCUCCUUGCUGGUGGUACAAACAGAUUCUUCUAGUCUGAGCUUCCAGUCCCAAAAUCGAGCCUUCAUCGGCCGCGCUUGGAGGCCAGGAGCCCCGGCUCCGUAGCCCUCCCCUCUAGGCUUCCUUCCUGCAACUGACUGAGAAGGCUGAGGGCUUGGAGACCCGUUGGGAGACAGAGAAAGGGAGAGAGAGAACUGCACGGUUCCAAGGUGCGCAGCCUCCGCCCUUCGGGCCGGCAGGUAGCAGGAGGCGGAGCCGUCCUACUGCGCCUCUCCGGAUCUCAGGUGCGGGAGGCGCAACGCCCUGUCCUCCGCCCAGGUGGAUGGGCGCCGCGCCCCUUCUCCCUUCCUCUCGGAUCACUGACGUCACGAAGGGCAGCCCAAUUGGUCCCCAGAAGUUGCCACACCCUCGGCGUGGACCCGGGGAGUAGCGCCCGGCUGCAAAGCUGAACCCGGGAGCUCGGGUCCCACGCGCCUCUCCUUCUCCGGUGCUGGUGCCGAGACUUAGCGUCUGCUCCCCUUAUCUGGGUACUCUGGGAGUAGCCACGCCCCAGGGGAGCAAGGUCUGGACUCCCGCCGCCUCCUCCAACCACUCCAGCUGCACCCUCCCAGGAGGAUGGAGAACCUGUUUGCCAGUUGCCACAACCCCAGCACCAGCCGCUCCGCCUGGCGUCGAGUACACACCACCCAGUCUUUGCCCCAAAGCCCCUCUUUGGAGCGAUCCUAAAGUCUGGAGUCCAAGCUGUUACUUUCCAGACUGGCAAAUGGAGCACGUAACUCUUUCUGACUAGGAAGAGGUGGGAUGGCUUGUCUAACUUUCUUUCUGGGCAAGCAGGUGGUGUGGCCGGGGAGGAAGGCCUUAGCUCUCCUGGUGUCCUGAGCCUUUAAUUAUGCAGAGUCGGCCCUACAGCCUCGCCCUUACCUGAGCAUUGACACCUUACAAAGACUCAGGAAUUCCACUUGGCUGGUCCAAGAUUAGAUCAUUUCUCCAGGCUACCGAAGCACAGGCCGGCCUCAGACCUGAAGGUCCAUUGCCCAGCCUCCUGCCUCCCUUAGCCGCUCCCUCAGUCCCAAGGGCCCAGGCUCAGGCUUCUUCCUUCAAACCCAGGGAUUUGCCCCAGCAUGCCUUUGGCUGCAAGAAACCAUCCAGCUCUUCGCCCUCACAGAUCCUGGCUCGGUGGGAAAGAGACUGACCCCACCCAUCCCCCAGGGCAUCUGGGGAGUACCAGGGCUGGACCGUCUCUGGUGAAAGAAGCUUUGGGAUUGCAUCAGGGAGACAGCAGUUGAGCCCAGCACCUGAGUGCUGAGCAGGGGGUGCUGAGGCACACAGCCUUAGUAUCUUGUCAGCUGGGGAUUCCACCGGAGACGCAGACUUUCACUUUGCCUGAGCCCCGGUCUGAACCUGCAUCUGCUUUGCUGGGGCAUCCAAGUCAGAAGCCGGUUCCAGACGACCGCUCUCAGACGCUCGCUUGCCAGGGGCUCUUCAUAGAGAAGUGCAUUAUUGAUGGACUGGAUGAAAUCUAGAGUUGGGGUCCUGGGACUGCGGGUCCCUCUGCUGGCUGUCAUCCUCCUGGGGGUCUGCCAGGCACACCCCAUCCCUGACUCCAGCCCCCUCCUCCAGUUUGGGGGUCAAGUCCGGCAGAGGCACCUCUACACAGAUGACGACCAGGACACUGAAGCCCACCUGGCGAUCAGGGAGGACGGCACAGUGGUAGGCGCCACACACCGCAGCCCAGAAAGUCUCCUGGAACUCAAAGCCUUGAAGCCAGGGGUGAUUCAAAUCCUGGGUAUCAAGGCUUCUAGGUUUCUUUGCCAACAGCCCGAUGGAACCCUGUACGGAUCGCCUCUCUUUGAUCCGGAGGCCUGCAGCUUCAGGGAGCUGCUGCUUGAGGAUGGAUACAACGUGUACCAGUCCGAAGCCCACGGCCUGCCCCUGCGCCUGCCCCAGAGGGACUCUUCAAACCAGGACCCAGCAUCCUGGGGCCCCGUGCGCUUCCUGCCCGUGCCAGGCCUGUUUCACCAGCCCCAGGAACUUCCAGGGUUCCUGGCGCCAGAGCCCCCCGAUGUGGGCUCCUCUGAUCCCCUGAGCAUGGUGGGGCCUCUGCAGGGCCGAAGUCCCAGCUUUGCCGCCUGAGCCUUCCUGAUUCUGGGGAUGCAUCAUUUUGGGUUUCUUCUUAUUUAUUAUGGGUAUUUAUCUUAUUUAUUUAUUUUAAAUUUUUUCUUACUUGGGAUAAUAAACAAAGAGUCUGAAAGAAAACUGUGUGUU